AUGCAAAAUUCUGAAUCGAGUUUCACUCAGGGCUAUAGAGUUAGCCUUUUGCGUCGCAUAUCAACGAACGACAAGGGCAAACUGAUAUGGGCCGAUUCGCUAGAAUCGUUGAAGCUGUUUGUCGAAGAAGUUUUGAAUAUCGCUAACGGCAUUUGGAUUUGUCCUGGCGGCGAGGCGAAGCAAUUUAAGAACAAAGACUUAGACAUUCGCUGGUAUCCUACGACAAAAUCAAUCACUGUGAGUGGAAAUCUAGAGAACGAAAUCAAAGAAAAGCUUCAUUCCCUAGCUUUUAUAUCAAAACAACUGCAGGUAAAUGCUGAAAAUAACGAAGAAGCUCCAGACCAUGACGACCACAACGAUACAAAUCGUUCUUUUGUUAACGACGACCCGCCAAUAUCCCAAGAGUUACUUCAAGAGCUCAGCUCAGAGUCCCCUACUAAUAUAGCUGCUAAGUCAUUUAUAGAUCACAGUACAUCAGAUAACGUUGCCGCAGAUAAGAAUACGAAUAUUGAACAUGAAAAACAAGGGGAAGCCAUUUUGCAUACUGAAAGUACAAACCAACAUAAAUCGACCAUGAAAUCGUUAAAUGGAAAUGUGCCUAACAUGCCGACUAAUCGACAUAAAGUUUCUAACGAAUGCGGAGAGCACGUAAAUACAACUAAUCCCCCGAGAGACACAUACAAUAAAUAUAAAUGGGACUCUGAAAUUAGUGUACUGAAAGCCAAAUUUGAGAGGUUCGCUCAAAGCGUAACGAAUAAGUUAGAAGAUAUUUCCUUUGAAGUAAACAACAUCAAAGAGAACAAACCGUAUUCUAUCUUAGUAUUGGAAAAUGCAGUUAAUGAUUUAAAACAAGAGAAGCAUGAGUUGAACAAGAAGAACGAUGAUCUUAGGGAAUUAAAUGUGACUAUGUCUCACACCAUAUCGGACUUGAGAUUAGCUAAUAAGAACCUUGAAAGUGAAAAAGCAAGUUUGUUGACAGCCUUGAAACUAAUUCAAGGCGACUGCACACGGAUGACUGAGACAGCACAUGUUGGGGAGAAAACCACAAAACCUAAUAAAUGCAACUCAGCGAAUUAUCCUAAUGAUCAUAUUGAACAAACCUGUCCACGCGAGGUGGCAGAUUGCACAAAGCAGAUUGCACAAAGCAAAUGA